AUGCCUUGUGGAUGCGGUAAGUUGUUGACAGCUGAAAGGGGGAGCUUUGUAUAAGAAAGACCUUCUGUAAGACUGUCGGGAAAAUAAUGAGUGAAAUGUCGCUGCGACAAAUCGCUUCGCUGAAGUGAAAGCAAUUUGAUUUUCCUCGCGAGAAAAUUCAUUUUCUCGGCGAAUUUUCGCUGCGACAGAGUGCUCAUUAUUUUCCCGACAGACUGAUAGAUACAGGUCCGUUUCAUUGCUCAUGUCCAAAUAGAUCAAGCCAUAUAUAGAUCUAGCAAAAACAGAUGGCCUAAGCUCUAAGAAAUUUUUCUCUAGCAGUCUGUCGGGAAAAUAACAUCGGAUCGUCGCGCCUCGGAAUCGCCCAUCAUCGCUCUGCGACGGCUGCCGAAGCUGGACUUUGGUGCGCGACAGCUGUCUUUUUCCGACUAUACGAAACAUUUUGCUACGACGACCCGCCGUUAUUUUCCCGACACACUGAUAUAUACAAGUACCAGUUCAUUCUUAAAGCCGCUGGAGUGAUUUUUGGCGUCUAUCAGUCUGUCGGAAAAAUAACGGCGGAUUGUCGCGCCUCGGAAUCGCCCAUCAUCGCUUAGCGACUUCAAGCCGCGGCUGGGAAUUUGGUGCGCGAUAUCGGCGAGGCGAGACAUUUUGAUGCGACGAUCCGCCGUUAUUUUCCCGACAGACUGAUACACGGUGCAGAAGAAGCCAGGGUUCGAGCGACAGCCCAAAAAAUCAUAUUGCACGGUGCAAAGUGAACCUUUGUUUUCUGCACAGUGCAUGUCGCCGAAAUCACUCCAGCAACUUUGCGAACGGGGUAGUGACCAGAGAUUACCACGGUCAAAAUUUCGGCUCCGGCUCCGGUUCUUAGCUCCCAGAGCCGGAGCCGAGGCCAAAUUUGCAGCUCCGGCUCCGGCUCUCGGCUCCGUGCAAAAUUUAAAAGGGCCUCCGUCUCCGAAUCCCAGCUCCUAUGCAAAAAUUUUUUUUACACAGCCAACGUUUUCGCAGUCAAGUCACAUCUCCCCAGUGUUUUUCAAUCAAUUUGGUUUAACAAGAUCACGAAAUUUUUACUUUAAUUACCGCUGGGAAUCCUGGCUCCGACUUUGGGCUCGGGAGCCGGAGCCGACCCCAAAAUUUCCGGCUCCGGCUCUGGCUCCCGGCACGGAGCCGGAGCCGCUCAGAGCCGGAGCCAAGAGCCGGCUCAGGAGCCGUGGCAAUCUCUGGGAGUGACUCUGUCGGGAAAAUAGUGAGCUUUGUCGCAUUGAAAAUCACAUCGUCGCCGAGAAAACGAAUUGUUUCCGCGGCAAAACCAAAUCGCUUUUCAUUUCAGCGAUUCGAUUUUCGAUGCCAGAUUGCUCAUUAUUUUCCCGACAAAUUUAUAGUAAAAAAACCCUCUAUAACAAACCACUUUUAUCUCUCCUUAACUUUCUAUACAGAGCCUCCCUCAUAGCUAUUCUAACUAACCCACUGUUAUCUGCAGGCUCCGCCCUAAUCGCCGGCACUGCCGUGCACGACAAAAACCCGUAUUUGCUGAUUUCAGGAAAGCCCGAUUGUAAAUGCCCUGAAGGCCAGGAUUGCUGCCAGGAGGGGAAAUGCGAGUGCUGCCACAAAGAGGAAUGCAGCGAGCAGAAGGAGUGCUGUGCCAAAAAGGAAUGCGCCUCUGGUAAGUACAAUAUUUUAAAGUUAUAGGGGAAGUUCUCCAAGUGCAACGGUCAGAUUUUGAUAAUAAAACUAGGUCAAAAUUUAGAUUAAUUUUUUCUAUGAGAUAAGCGAAAAUCCUAGCUCACGAUUUGCAGAAACGGCCGGGAUUUUUAGACCGAAAGUCGGCAAAAAUGUGACUCUCUUUCGCAAAUUUUGGCACGAAAAAGUUAUAUGCUUAUUUCUACCGUAGAGGGUAAUGUUUCCACAAAAAAAUCAUUUUUUUCCGAACGGAAUUGGCAAAAAUAUGGCCAAAAAAUUUUUUUCUCUCUGGCCGCUCUCCACGUUUCGUGUACUCUCUGGGCAAUAAGUAAUUGUUGAAUAUCUCGGGAGUCUUUGAAGAGCGCGAGCUAAAACUUUGAGGAAUUGAUACAAGACUUGUACCCAAGGUACAUGCAAGGUUUUAAAAAAAUCUGAGCGUCGCACUAUGACCUUUCAUAAUUUUUUGUUUGAUCUAGGACAGUAAUGGGUUACAAUUUUUAUAAACACUUUCCGGCUUGAAAAGAGCCAUUAGGCAUACUUAAUUAAAUUACAACAGUAUAUCACUUUGUCGGGAAAAUAAUGAGCACUCUGUCGCAUCGAAAAUUGUCGCCGAGAAAAAUGAAUUGUGUCGCGACAAAAUCAAAUUGCUUUUCACUUCAGCGAUGCGAUCGAUGCAACGACAUUGCGCUCAUUAUUUUCCCGACAGACUGAUAUUUAGUUUUUAAAAGUUGUAAACAGAGAUGCCACGGCCAAAAUUUUGGCUCCGGCUCUUAGCACGGCAUUGCGCUCAUUAUUUCCCCGACAGACUGAUAUCACGUUCUUUGCACUGAAGCUGCAUCAAAUGAUAUGAUUUUUUGAGUAUGCUGUUAGAUUGUCCCAAGAUCUUUCUAUGCGGAAUUUGGAGGUUCUAGGCCCAGCAGUUCCCGAGAUACGAGGUGGAAAGAAAAUUUUGUCAACCAGUAUAUCGUAACUGUCUCCAAUCUGCCAGAAGUUUCGCUCUCAGUCAUCUGACAAACUUACCCGCAAAAAUUCUUUACAACGGAAGUGAUUCAUGCAAAAAUAAAUAGCUUCUGACGUUGUAAAACCAAUCAGCUGACUCCGAGACCAUUUUUAAUUGCAACCCCUAAAUUAUUUUUUUCAACAUAAAAGCCCAAUCAAGGUAACAAAUUUCAGGUGAAUGCGCCAAGUCCGAGCACUCCGAAUGCCCCGCCGGAGGCGAGGCAAAAUGCCCCGUUCCCGAGGAGAGUCAUAAAUAA